AUGGCAGUGGCUCUACGAACUUACAGAAAUCUAUUCCGAGUAACGGGCCUAGCUUUUAAAGGUGACGAGCGAGUCUUGAACGCUGCGCGCGAUCAAAUACGAAACAGAUUCCGAGAAAAUGCUACCUUAGAACCUUCGAGUCCCGAAGUAUCGAGCGCCAUCGAGCACGCCCAAGACGUCGCUAAGAUAAUACGGCAUAAUAUCGUGCAAGGGAAGAAAGAGGGAGAAUUAUAUAAGCUGCGAAUACACGAAGAUACAGAGCGUGGAGACAACGACACAGUAAAACUCCCGGGAGGCCAGAAAGUCAAGAUUGACGGAAAGAAGUGCUGUGAUACAUGA